AAACGGAAACAAUAAGCCGCCCCUAGUAUAUGGAAAUAUUUUCGGUGUUCUAGAACAUUGAAUACUCCUCCUUUUCCUAAAAUGAAAAAUUGUAAUUCCAUUUAAAUAUUUUAUUUUUUUUUCAUAAAAAUUCCUCCAUUUUUUAUUUAUUUAUUUUCGGACAUAUAAAUUUUUUAUUUUUUUCAUAAUUCUUUUUUUUUUCUUUUGGAAUGGACCAUGAUGGUUCAAGACGACCAAAAAAAGCGCUCCUAGUAUAUGCCAUUUUCCAUUUUCCAUUUCCAUUUCCAAGCACCUUCCACUGUCCUGUGUGUUUCAGUUACCACUUUCUCAAGGCACAAUCACAAACCUUUCUACUAUAUAACGCUUACUCUUUUCUGCACCCUUCUCAUUCAUCAACUACACAACACUACACAAAACAAACAAACACCCUUCAAACACCCAUCAAUACAUACAAACUUCAUCUCAACACAAAACCAAAACCCAUCAAACAAAGUAACAAACUUCACUACAAAAAAAAACAGUUUUUGUCUUGUUUUUUUUUUAGCAUCCUCUUCCUUUUACAAUAUUCUCCUUUUCUCUCUCCUUCCGAUUCUCACUGAACCUCGGAAAACGCGAAGCCUCUGAACACCCACCUGACACAAUGGACACAAAGUUAGGAUCUUUGAACUCAAGCAAGCCUACAAGCAACGACGUCGUGUCAUGCACCGCAAACAGCACAACGGCCAUUCAGACUAGUAUUCCGGCGACGGCGAUCUCUUGCGGCGGAGAGGCCACGCUGGGCUGCCACCUCGCCCGCCGUCUGGUGCAAAUCGGCGUCACCGACGUGUUUUCCGUUCCCGGCGACUUCAACCUCACGCUGCUUGACCACCUCAUCGCCGAGCCGGCGCUCAACCUCGUCGGCUGCUGCAAUGAGCUCAACGCCGGAUACGCCGCCGACGGCUACGCCCGGGCUCGCGGCGUCGGUGCCUGCGUCGUCACCUUCACCGUCGGUGGUCUCAGCGUCCUUAACGCAAUCGCCGGAGCUUACAGUGAGAAUUUGCCACUCAUUUGCAUCGUUGGUGGUCCCAAUUCCAACGAUUAUGGCACCAACAGAAUCCUUCACCACACCAUUGGGUUACCAGAUUUCAGCCAAGAGUUGAGGUGUUUUCAAACCAUUACUUGCUUUCAGGCUGUGGUGAAUAACUUGGAAGAUGCUCAUGAAUUGAUCGAUACAGCAAUCUCAACUUCAUUGAAAGAGAGCAAGCCUGUGUAUAUAAGCAUUAGUUGUAACUUGCCUGCUAUUCCUCACCCAACUUUCAUUCGUGAGCCUGUUCCUUUUUCAUUAUCUCUCAAAGUGAGUAAUCAAAUGGGGUUGGAGGCUGCAGUGGAGGCAACAGUAGAAUUCCUGAACAAGGCAGUGAAACCAGUGCUAGUGGGUGGUCCUAAACUAAGGGUUGCAAAAGCAUCUGAUGCCUUUGUUAAACUUGCUGAUGCAUGUGGUUAUGCACUUGCUGUGAUGCCAGCAGCCAAAGGGCUAGUUCCUGAGCACCAUCCCCAUUUCAUUGGAACUUAUUGGGGUGCUGUUAGUACUGCAUUCUGUGCUGAGAUUGUGGAGUCUGCAGAUGCAUACUUGUUUGCUGGUCCCAUUUUCAAUGACUACAGCUCUGUGGGGUAUUCACUUCUUCUCAAGAAAGAGAAGGCAAUCAUUGUGCAGCCUGAAAGGGUUGUCAUUGCAAAUGGACCUGCAUUUGGGUGUGUGUUGAUGAAGGAUUUCCUCAUGGCACUUGCAAAGCGUCUCAAACACAACAGUACUGCAUAUGAAAAUUACCACAGGAUAUUUGUCCCUGAAGGGCAUCCUUUGAAGGCUGCACCCAAAGAACCUUUGAGGGUUAAUGUUCUUUUCCAACAUAUACAAAAGAUGCUAUCUGGUGAAACAGCUGUAAUUGCUGAGACAGGAGACUCAUGGUUUAACUGCCAAAAACUGAAAUUGCCAAGGGGAUGUGGGUAUGAGUUCCAAAUGCAAUAUGGCUCAAUUGGAUGGUCUGUUGGUGCAACUCUUGGUUAUGCACAAGCUGUCCCUCAGAAGCGAGUGAUUGCUUGCAUUGGUGAUGGAAGCUUUCAGGUGACUGCUCAGGAUGUGUCAACAAUGCUGCGAUGCGGGCAAAAUACCAUAAUCUUCCUAAUAAAUAACGGUGGAUACACCAUUGAGGUUGAAAUUCAUGAUGGACCAUACAAUGUGAUUAAGAACUGGAAUUACACUGGAUUGAUUGAUGCAAUCCACAAUGGUGAAGGGAAAUGCUGGACUGCAAAGGUCUUCUGCGAAGAGGAGCUAGUUGAAGCAAUUAACACAGCAACAGGACCAAAGAAAGAUUGCUUAUGCUUCAUUGAGGUGAUUGUUCACAAGGAUGACACAAGCAAAGAGUUACUUGAAUGGGGUUCUAGGGUCUCUGCUGCUAAUAGCCGUGCUCCCAAUCCUCAGUAAGGUUCAGAGUUCAGCUUAUUACUACAUUGCUGGAAUUGCCCUUUUAACUCAACAAAAUUGAGAACCCUUUUAAGAUGUCCUUGUACGGUGUUUACUUUUGUUAAUGGCUUGCACAUUUAUGUAUCUGAGUCAACUUGUUUGUGUAAAUUCAUUCCCUUGAUAUAAAAAUCAAUCCCCAUCACCUUUUUUUAUUUUGUAAUGCCUCGCUGUUUCAAGAUUCUUACGUGAAGCAUAUUUUUUC